GCAUAUAUCAGCGCGCGUGCAGCAUUCGGCGAAUUGCGAAUGGAGGAGAGCAGCGCGUCGGAGAAGGCGUGCAAACUACGUGACAACAGCUAGCGGAGAGCACUUGUCUGCCUGCCCCACGGCCGCGCGGGCACGGUCGCGCGUUUGUUUUCCGGAGGUCGUCGCUUAAGUGUUUUGUAAGGUGGAUGGCAGUGGUAGCCGCGAUUGGCCGUUGAACACACUUGGCAAUGAGUUAUGCAUAAUUAUCCAAUUGAGAUUCAUAACUCUGUCCACACCAGCGUGUGACUGCGCGUGGUCGCCUCGUGGUUUCAUUCGUAUUUUAGGUGGUAGGACCUAGCGGAUCCGGUCUCCGUAAUAUCGCUCGUGCCCAGAGGUCAGCCAAGUCCCUCCGUAUCUUCCGAUCAAAUGACGAGAUGCUGGUUGGUCUAUUUGCUCCUACUAACGGCCCUAAUGAUAAGCACAGAGGCGGCGAAGGGCGGCGGUGGUAGAGGAAGGGGCCGCGGCCGAGGAAGACUGUCCGGCUCGCGGAUACACAUCCUGAUACCCAAUCGAAAUCCUGCGAGCACGCACUAUUACGAAAACAAGGAUGGUGCCAAGAUCGUCAAGGCGUCCCACUUCGAGUUGGACUACAUGCUGGGCAGAAAGAUCACGUUCUUCUGCAUGGCGAUCGGUGUCCCGAGACCGGAGAUCACCUGGCUCAAGGACGGGAUCGAGCUGUACCAUCACAAGUUCUUCCAGGUACACGAGUGGCCCAUCGGUAACAACACGAUAAAGUCGAAGAUGGAGAUCGACCCUGCGACGCAAAAGGACGCCGGAUACUACGAGUGCCAGGCGGACAAUCAGUACGCCGUCGAUCGCCGGGGCUUCAGAACGGACUACGUCAUGAUCUCGUAUUGAGCGUCUUCUCCGACGGUUAGCUCCGCGCGAUCGCCAUUAGUAUUAGAACGAAAAUAAUAUUCCUGUGUGAAAAUAGAUAUAGACAGUUUGUUAUUGAUUUCAUUUACUAUACGCGAUAGAUUUUUACCUUGAUGAAUAGAUCGUAUUAUAGUUUACUUUUGAUAGAGCUCUAGAUGUUAAAUUAAUGAGCGAGGCACAGGUCGUGAAUGAAUUUAAGAAGUUAAUUCAAUUUUCUACGUGGCUCUCUCAGCGACGUAGAAAAUUAAGGUCAUAAUAAUUUGUCCUUUCUCCUUCCCGACACGAGCAAAACAGACCUCUUUUCGGAUCGCCAAUGGGACGUGCGAAGAUUAUAUGAAUACAAAUCCGGCGGUUCCCCCCAAUUCGUUAAAGCGUGAUUGACUGUUAGAAGGGGAUGUGUGACGCGAGGAAUAUAUCGAAAAUGGUCCAUCACUGCGAAUUUAACAAGGCAAUUGCAACGCGCCGCGCGACACUGGCAUGGAAGGGCGUACCACGCUGCGUCGCCAACGCCGAACGCGACGAUCUGUAGCACAGAUGGUGAAAAUAAACAAUCUGCAUGAGUAUAUAUUGUACGAAA